AAGGUAACAAUACCAACAGUAACAUUUAUUUUACAUUCGUCUACCAAAGAUUCUGCCACCGUCAAUGACCAGUCACCAUAACAACUAUGGAUUGGACGACUUAAAAUAUCUAGUAAUGUUUUCCCAAAAAUUUAAAUACUUAGGCUUCCUUACGGUAGCCAGCAGUCAAUCAUGUGUUGGUACUAGUGACUUAAGAGUGACGUACUUUCUAUAAAUAAAGAACAAUAAUGUUACAGUAAAUUACAGCAGUCUAUCAUUUUCUUAAACACAAUUUUAUGAAGAUUUGAGAGAGUGACGCUAUAGUAAAUAAUUACCAAUUUUUGUAGCUGGUUUUUGACUAAAACUGACUUCAACUCUCAUUUAGUUUCAAGCAUUUUGGCAAUAAUCGUCUAUAAAUUCUCUAAUUUGAUUAAUUUUCACAAUAAUAGUUUAACUUUAGAUUUUUUGUCAUUCGCUAUAAAAAAUUCGGUGACCGCCGAAUAAGAUUAUUUUUAACUCUCACUGUUGUAAUAAAUUCCCCCAACACAUUUUAAAAACGAUUAAUGUUACUUACGCCAAUAUAUACGACUUUUUUGUCCAUUUAUGGUUAAUCCAUCUUAUGCUGAAGUAGUGUCAUUAAAUUUUCCAACACAUCUCCAUAAAAUUACAUGAAACUGAAAAUAUUUUUUGUUCUUUAUUGUAGCUAAGGUCCAAGACUAGAUAAAUCAUAAUCCCAGAUUUGUAUUUGUUUUCAAACAGUAUGUUGAGAACGAGAGACACGUUUAUAAAAGUUGUGUUAUUUCAUUUAAUUUUAACGAUCACUAGUCUACAUUUAUUCCUUUUGUUAUUUUAAAUACUACAAAAUUGUUAAUUAUGUAAAUGGUUUAUUAUUUUUCGAUAAGAGUAUGUUGCUGUUACGUCAUAAACAAAUCUAAAUUAUUAUUACGUUACUUAUGUGUAGACAGUUAACAUGUUAAACAAGAUAAAUAAAUCAGUGGGUGAUUGCGAUACAUCGAUUUUAUAUUAUUUUCAACCUUGCACUCUAAAUUAAACAAAUCCACUCAACACUGACAACGAGUGGACACUUUCAUCGGUCAAAGAUCUUGUUUCAUUUCAACUUUGUUAUUCAUCUGCUCUAUCUUAUUUGCUGAAGCUAUGUUGGUCUUCGUAGAGCUAGUGCUUCUUCUUGUAGUACCAAUCGCAAUUGCGAAAAUAUAUUGUAUACUGACGCAUAGGAAUUGCAACAGCAAAGUAUGUCUUGUCGGGAAAACCGCGUUGGUUACAGGAGGUUAUUCAGGUAUUGGGUACCAAAUUGUCUUGGCAUUGGCUCAAAGAGGAUGCAGGGUUAUCAUAGCUGAUAAAUCACAAGACCAAAAUUUAUUGGAGAAGAUUUACGAGGAAACUAGAAGUAGGAACAUUGUCUGUAAAUAUGUAGAUCUGUCCUCAUUCAAGUCUGUCAGGGAGCUGGCGUAUAAUGUGAUAAAAGAUGAAGGAAAACUGGAUAUAUUGAUAAACAACGCAGGGAUUGGAAGGAACGUGUCGUCAGUUACUGAAGACGGUUUGGACAUAACCAUGCAGGUGAACUACUUCAGUGCGUUUUUGCUGACCAGAUCACUGGAAGAUCUAUUGAAGAAAACUGGAGGCCGGAUAAUAUUCACUGGUUCAGGAAGCAGCCACAUUCACAACUUCACCAUAGACAGGCUGAAACCAGACGGAUCGGAAUCCUUCACUUUUUACACUUACUUCAAUUCUAAAUUAUGCUUGAUAAUGAUAUCGGAUACGUUUGCGGAAAGACUGAAGGGAUAUGGGGUAACCAGCAACGCUUAUCAUCCUGGACUAGUCCGCACUAAUAUAUUCAGAAGCGGUAUUAAUCUCGAAGGAACAAUUAAUAAGGGUUGGUUUACGAUAAAGUUCCUGGAGUACAUGUCAUUUGUAGUGGGAAAGACAGCUGAGGAGGGUGCUCAGACAGCCAUUCACUUAGCCUGUUCGAAUGAAGUGGAAGGUGUGACUGGAGGGUACUUCUUUGAAACGAAACCAACCUUCAGGCCCAAAAUAGUCCACGACAAGAAAAUGUGCAACGACCUCUGGGAAGCGACAGAGGAAAUCGUGAAACAAAAGCUGUCCUAAUUAUUAUUAUAUACGAGUAGUUUUAGCUGUUAUUUGUGGUAAUGCAAGAAAUAAAAACAAACAUUUUUUUGUUGAAGAAAAUAAACGAAGAUAAAACCUUUUCAUUUUCUUGUAUUUGGAAUGCAAAUAUUAAGAAAUAAUAGAACAAAUCCAACCUUCAUCAUCAAAAAAACGUCAUCCGAUGAUUC